CCCAUCAAAUACUGAUUAACCGUUGAUUAAUUAUCUGGAUUAAUCGCACUUAUAUAUUUCUCCCUCUUUAAACAUUCGUCAUUUCGCUAUCACAAAAAUAACUUCUCCACCUUUAAGCCUCGCAAUGGCGGAACCCUAAGCAAUCAAUCCUUCCCGACCUCGCACAGCACUCGCGGAUGGACCAGCCGCCGUCGGACCCGGGCGGCUGCCUGGAGGUCCGCCUCUUCUACGUGCGCCUCUGCCCCCACGGCGCCGCCGCCGCCCCGCCCCGACUCGCGCUGGCCCUCCACCCGGCCGGCGCCGAGGCCUCUCCGUCCUCCUCCCUCCCUCUCCGCCUCGACCGCCGCGACCCGGCCACCGGCGAGGCCACCUACGUCUCCACUGCCGCCGUGCGCCUCCCCCCGCCCACCGCCGCCUUCGAGGUCGCCGACCAUAGCGGCGCCGCGCUCCUCCGGGGCUCCCUUCGGCGGUGCCCCGACGCCAAGGCUGGCUCCCCCGCCGCCUGGGCGAUCGACUGCGCCCCCGCUGCCGGAGCGGUCGCCGCAGCCUCUGUCUUCGAGGUCUACGUUGCCGGGUGCUGCGCCGGCGAGCCCGCCGUCCUCACACGCGCCCUGCGGCUCGCCACCCCUGAAGAGUCUGCUGGCGUGUUGGUUCGCCGACGAUCAGCGACUUCGAUGGCUACGGGUGAUGAAGACGACAAUGACAUGAACAUCGGAACCAGGUCAUACCCUGAAGGCUGGUACUCCGAGGAUGAUGACGGGCAACUUACAUGGUUCAAUGCUGGUGUCAGAGUUGGCGUCGGGAUUGGCCUGGGAGUCUGUGUUGGCGUUGGCAUAGGUGUUGGGCUUCUCAUGAGCUCCUACCAAGCAACGACCAGGACCUUGAAGAGACGGUUCUUCUGACUCCCUCGCGACAAAGGCAUAUACACCCGGCCUCAGACCCCAAGUAUAGAGACGAUCAGUUGUUAAAUGUUUGUUAGUGUACCGCUGUAUAGUUGUUGGAUUCGUUCUUCUUGUUGCUGCCCUUGUGGAGUUUUUGACUUCUGUACAUCAUCGUCACUCUCGCCUCUCUCUGUAAACUGUUGUGAAGGUUUCCCCUGGAAUUGUGAAAAAUGGCAAAAUUGGCAUGUUAGGAGCUUCACUGCAACCUUUUUGUAUAUACACUUGAGAAUUGGGCAAUAAUGUGUAUAUACAGAUGCAACAACCUUUUUUUCUGUUA